UUUGGUUAAAAUAUAUAAAGCCCUCUAGCAGAUACAUGCAGACGACAACAAUGAACAUCACCAAAAUGACAUCUCUUGUGGUUUUCUUUUGCAUUUGUUUUAUCAUCACUGUUGCGUCCAUGAAUGGUUUGGUUAUCGCAGAAAGAGUGUUCAAAGUUGGGGAUGUGUUUGGAUGGCAAGAACCUGGACAAAACAGCUCUUCGUUGUAUGCUCAGUGGGCUACUAGGAACAGAUUCCAAGUUGGAGAUUCUCUCUCCUUUGAUUAUAAGAAUGACUCAGUUAUUGAAGUAAACAAGUGGGGAUACUACCACUGCGACGCUAGCAAACAUAUUGUUGCCUUCAACAAUGGAAAUAGAGUGUUCAAGCUCGACAAGUCAGGACUAUUCUACUAUAUUAGUGGAACCCCAAGUCACUGCAAGAAUGGCCAGCGUUUGCUAGUUGAAGUGAUGGGUCUCCACCACCAUUCUCCUCCUUUUAUUGCAGCUCCACCUGGAUACCUAGCACCAUCCCCACAACUAAGUUCAGGAGUAUCAGUCUCAGGGACACUUGGUUCAUUGUCAAUGGCUCUUAUGGCCACAUUGAUUGCUUUGUUAUGGUCUUUAGCAUAACCUAUUUUCCUUUUCAAUUGUUAUUAGCUAUAUAUAGGUUGGUUUUCUUGAAAAAAAAAAAAAAAAACCUUAGUAUCUGAUUCCCGCUGUUGGAAUCUUGUGUUUGAGCACUUGUCUUUUCAGUCAUUCAUUGCAUAUUGUUGGAUCUAAUAUGCUAGGAGUUUGUACUUUGAUUUUUCCAAGAAACGUUAUUGCUAUUGAAUUUAAAGCAUUUUAUUAA